GAUCCUUCGGCUAGCACCCAGUCUCCUACAUCCAUGGAAGGUUAAAGCUAACCAAACAGCUGUUGUGAGCUGAGCCCAUUUCCUUCUUCAACUUCUUUUUGCAAUCUGAGACCAUGAGAUCACUGAGAAAUCCGGUUUCCCACCUUCUCUUCAACUCCACCAACAUUCCAUUCUACACUUACAAAUCCUCGCCAGUGCCACUCCAAGCACUUGCUUCAUGCUCGACCCCCACCAAUCCAUCCCCAACACAAGCACCGCUAGAGUUCGGAAACAUUGUUCUCAUCAACGCCCACAUACCAGACUCACCAAAACAAGCAAACCCGGCUUCCAAAAGCACACUUCUCGAUCCAAUUCCACCUACGCUAUCUCAAACCAGGUCCUUUUCUUAUAUAAGUUCAGACCCAUGUCCGAAUUACAACUUUAAUGGAGAAUCCAAUAGUACCCUCUUGUCCAAUUCAUCGAAACGACAAAAAUCCAUUUUCAGAACCAGUAUUUAUGAUGCAAAUUCAUACAGAUUUACUCAAACCAGGCCAUUUGCUGCUGAAAAGUCUGACCCGUGUGCCAAAUCAGUGGACUUUACAGACCCCAGACCCUCUUCAUCAAAUGCGAUCCCAGUUGUUUCCACCAUAACUUCACCGUUUGAGGUUUCGCAGCCUAUUGAUGCGGGCUCUUCAAUCCGAAAACCGAUUAGUCUGUGGCCUGGAAUGUACCAUUCACCUGUAACAAAUGCUCUAUGGGAAGCGAGGUCGAGCAUUUUCGAAAAGCUCUCAGAUACGCCAACCGAUGCGCCUUCGCAAGGCGAAUUGGUGAAGAAAAAUCCGGGGCAAAGCCGGACUAGCAUUGUUUACAAAUUCUCGUCUGAUUAUAUACUUAGAGAGCAGUACAGGAACCCCUGGAAUGAGAUUAGGAUGGGGAAGUUGCUCGAGGAUCUUGAUGCUCUUGCUGGAACGAUCGCAUUCAAGCACUGCUGCAAUCCUGAUGGCAUGACAAGGCCUCUUAUAUUAGUCACUGCUUCUGUCGACAAGAUGGUUGUGAAGAAACCCAUCCAAGUCGACACAGAUUUACAAAUAGCUGGUGCUGUUACAUGGGUUGGGCGAUCAUCAUUGGAGAUUCAACUGGAAGUGACUCAGUCCAAGAAGGGGGCCAUAAAUGUGUCAGACUCAUUUGCUCUUGUAGCAAACUUCACAUUUGUGGCUCGGGACUCCAGGACUGGAAAAUCAGCACCGGUCAACCAAGUGUCACCUGAAACUGAACGAGAGAAGUUGCUUUGGGAGGAAGCAGAAGAAAGGAACAAACUUAGGAAAAAGAAGAGAGCAGAACAUAAAAAAGAUUUUGAGAAUGAAGAUAUGGAUAGGCUGAAUGCAUUGUUGGCUGAAGGGCGAAUCUUCUGUGAUAUGCCAGCAUUGGCAGACAGAGAUAGCAUCCUUAUAGGGGAUACUUGCCUUCAGAACUCAUUUAUUUGUCAGCCACAACAAAGGAACAUCCAUGGUCGGAUUUUUGGAGGAUUUUUGAUGCGAAGAGCAUUUGAACUGGCCUUCUCAACUACUUAUGCCUUUGCUGGUGUAGCACCACACUUUCUAGAAGUUGAUCAUGUUGAUUUCUUUAAACCUGUGGAUGUUGGAAAUUUCCUCCGGUUCAAGUCUUGUGUGCUGUACACUGAACUCGAGAACCCAGCUGAACCUCUGAUAAACGUGGAAGUUGUUGCUCAUGUUACAAGGCCUGAGCUCAGGUCCAGUGAGGUGUCCAACAAAUUCUACUUCACAUUCUCUGUCCGUCCUGAGGCCAUGAGAAGUGGUUUGAAGAUUCGGAAUGUUGUUCCGGCUACAGAAGAGGAAGCACGGCGUGUACUCGAACGAAUGGAUGCAGAGGGCUCCCGGUUUGCGAAAUCAUGAAGACAUUUUUAUUCUUUAUGAAAGAGAGCAAGCAUAAGCGGAAAACGAAGUUUUCUGAUGGAGUGUUAGUCUUUUCUUCAUCUCUGUGUAAAUACUUUCUUAGGGUUAGGGGCAACUGAAAUUACAUUGUGUGUUGCUUUUGAGGUUGAAAAGUAAACAAACCAUGCAGGUCCCAGGAAAUGUGGUUUACGAGAACAGGAGGUCUGCUUCUUAUAAUUGAAGAGAGAACAAUAGAAAUGAA